GUUCGGCUUGAUAUUACCCACCUGAGAACAUUGCAGAUGUUUUGGGAUCAUCUGCUGACGUCCUCGAGCGGGUGACUCAAACUUGCGUCAGACGUCGUCGUGACUUGCCAUAGUAAUUCUGCCAUCCUUUGGGAACCUGUUUUAUUCCACAACAUAGCCCAAACCACGUGGACACAGGAGGUAUACUUGCGUAUGUGAGGAAGACUUUUGUUGGAGCUGCGGAACAUUAGCGCUCCUUACUUUACCCAGGCUGGUACAUUGACUCUGAGCAAAGUUGAAGAAGGCGUUUGGUUACUGCGUCAGACUUUACUCGCCACGCGCUCUGUGUGAGUGACUGGGAAGCAUCUCUCCAUUGCGCGCGGCGAUGUUCGUACGGAUGCGUAGACUGAAUGAAGAUCACGGGGUUUAGGAUUCUCUGUGUCUCGCUACAUCUUUAACUGCCUACAUAAAGUACAACAACAACAAGUACAACAAAUCUCCUACCUCCCUUCUGACCCCCUCUCGACCUUUCACCUUUGCCCUUCUGGCCCUCUCGCGUCGCAGCCAUGCCAAAGAACACUAAAGUGACCCAGAAGGAGCAUAGCAAUGAACCAGUCACAGAGUCCGUGGCUGACCUCCUGUCUCUGGAGCAUCCCAUGGGCUUUAAGAGCAGUCAGAUGAGUAUGGGCCUGAGUCCUGGGUCCACUGCUCCGGUACGCGCCCUGCUUCCCUCUCCUGACCCCGACGCAGAGGACGGGCGACCAGCCUGGAACAACAAGCUCGAGUACAUCCUGGCCCAGGUGGGGUUCUCUGUCGGCCUUGGCAACGUCUGGAGAUUUCCGUAUCUGUGUCAGAAGAACGGAGGAGGAGCCUAUCUGGUGCCCUACUUCAUCCUGCUGCUGCUCAUUGGGAUCCCUCUGUUCUUCCUGGAGUUAGCUGUGGGGCAGAGGAUCAGGCGGGGCAGUAUCGGGGUGUGGAACUACGUGUACCCUCAGCUGGGGGGCAUCGGGGUGUCCAGUCUCAUGGUUUGUGGUUUUGUGGGGCUUUACUACAACGUCAUCAUCGGAUGGAGCAUCUUCUACUUUUUCCAGUCCUUCCAGUAUCCACUCCCCUGGGCCGAGUGUCCCAUUCAGAGAAAUGGGAGCCAAGCCAUCGUGGAGCCAGAGUGCGACAAGAGCUCGGACUGGUACAGACAAGCCCUGAACACCACCAGCACCAUCGAUGAUACCGGGGGCCUCAACUGGAAGAUGACUCUGUCUCUGCUCGUGGCCUGGGUCAUGGUCUGCCUCGCUGUAAUAAAGGGCAUCCAGUCCUCGGGGAAGGUGAUGUACUUCAGCUCCCUGUUCCCCUAUGUGGUGCUCUUCUGUUUCCUGGUGCGAGGUCUGAUGCUGAAGGGAGCCGUGGAUGGGAUUGCGCACAUGUUCACCCCAAAGUUGGAGAAGAUGUUGGAGCCGCAGGUGUGGAGAGAAGCUGCCACUCAGGUGUUCUUCGCCCUGGGUUUGGGCUUUGGAGGUGUUAUCGCCUUCUCCAGUUACAACAAACGGGACAAUAAUUGCCACUUCGAUGCUGCUCUGGUGUCUAUUAUAAACUUUGUAACGUCCAUUCUGGCCACACUUGUGGUGUUUGCAGUGCUGGGGUUCAAAGCAAAUGUCAUGAAUGAGAAGUGUGUCGUUGAAAAUGCUGAGAAGAUCCUGGGUUACCUGAACACAGGGGUGCUUAGCAAAGAGCUGAUUCCUCCUCACAUAAACUUCUCACACCUGUCGGCCCAGGACUAUGCUGAGAUGUACAGCGUCAUAAAGACAGUGAAGGAGGACAGCUUUGGGCAGCUGGGGCUGGACUCCUGUGUGUUGGAGGAUGAACUCAACAAGGCGGUGCAGGGCACUGGACUGGCCUUCAUUGCCUUCACAGAGGCCAUGACACACUUUCCCGCCAGCCCCUUCUGGUCAGUCAUGUUCUUCUUUAUGCUCAUUAAUCUGGGGUUAGGCAGUAUGAUUGGCACCAUGACUGGUAUCACCACUCCCAUCCUGGAUGCCUUCAAGAUCCGCAAAGAGAUUCUCUGCGUGGUUUGCUGCAUCAUUGCCUUCCUGUUAGGUCUUCUGUUUGUGCAGCGCUCAGGGAACUACUUUGUCACAAUGUUUGACGACUACUCAGCCGGAUUGCCCCUCACUGUGGUGGUCAUCCUAGAAAACAUCUCUGUGGCCUGGAUCUAUGGCACCAAGAGGUUCAUGCAGGACUUGGAGGACAUGCUUGGUUUCAGGCCCUAUUCCUUUUAUUUCUACAUGUGGACAUAUGUGUCACCUGCGAUCCUCGUGGUCCUCAUCGUUGCCACAGUUAUAGAGAUGGCCAUUAGUCCUGCAGGGUACAACGCCUGGUCCGAGUCAGAGGGUAUGGAGCACUUCCAGAGCUACCCUCCCUGGGCUUUAAUCAUGGCCUAUUCCCUCAUUGUCAUAGCCAUGCUCCCUCUGCCUCUUGUCUUCAUCGCACGCCGCUUUAACCUCCUCUCUGACGGCUCCAACAAGCUCUCUGUGUCCUACCGCAAAGGCAUGAUGAAGGACAUCUCCAACCUAGAGGAGCAGGACGAGCAACGCUUCAUUUUGGGCAAAAACCCCAGUGAGGCCCCCUCUCCCAUGCCUCCCCACCGUGCUUAUCUGGGCCCUGGAGGUACUCAAGAGAUGACCAAUACUAACUAUGGCACAAGCACCAAGACGGGUUACCAAAACAUAGGGUCGCCUGAGUCCGAACUAUGAUCUGCUGUAAGAUCCAGAAAAUCCCUGCUGCAAAUGAAGAAAGGCCAAGGAUGUGUCCACUGCCCACUGUUUCACACAAUCUCUUAGUUUCACCUCACAAAUGGACUGCUACCUGCAUAUGCCCACCUCUGAGCUGUCAAGUAGCUGCCAAUCCCCACAUGUAACAACGGGAUUUAGGACCAGUGAGGUUUAGCUGAUACAAUCACAUUUCCAUCUACUUAGAUAUUAGACACAUAGAAGCACACAAGAUACAGCACAGUUGUGGUUUGAUAUGGAUUUUUGUGAGCCUGAGGUGUGGGCAACAUUGUCCAUGAACCAAAAGGUAGUAGUUAUUUUUCAAGGCAUAUUGUUGCCCUCGUAUUUUGGGGGACUCUUCACUUUACUGUGCUAUCUUUUUAGAGGAUGGGGGAAAGGAAAAUAUGUUAUUUCAAGUUAUAUCCAAUAAGGGAAUAUUCACAUAUAGAAAGCAUCUAUAUCAGACCAGUAAGUGUUUCUAGUAGUAAAACAGUGUUGCCACUAUAAGCACAUUUCUCAAAGUUAUUGUGCCUAUCACACAUCAGCAAUAACCAUCUCCUUCUGUGCAUUCCCCACCACUGUAGAUUACUGUAAAUAUGAAUGUGCAAUAGUUUAAGAUGUCCUGGUUAAACAAUGUACAAUACCAUAACUAAAGGGUGUAUCGUCACUAAAUUCCAUCCAUGCACAAGUAGGCUAUUUAGCAUCUCUGAGCCUUUAACACAGAGCAACAAUUUUGUUUGUAGUCUCUUUUCAUUGAAAACAAUAUAUUUUUUGUAAGCACCAAUAAAAAGGCAGGGGAGGUCUAUUUCCAGUGUGUAAAGAUAUACCAGAAAGACAUAGGCUGGAGGUGUUUUACCAUUGUGUCUGUCUGCCACUGAAUGAGAGUGCCCCUGCCUUUGGUUAAAAAUAGCGCAGCAUUAUCCAGGGAAAAGACACACCAUAGUUACCGGUCCUCAUCUGGUGGAGAAGAGGGAGUAGAAACCAUCCUCUUUUGCUUAACCUUUGUGCUGUCUGUUGAUCAGCAAAGUUUAGCCUAUAGUUUAUUUGUAUUGACCUUGUUGCGUUUUCUCAAUGUUUGUAACAGGUUCACUGCCAUGUUGUGUUGUGGAAUAAUCAUAAUUUUCAACCCAAACAAGAUGCUUAUUAGAUUUUCUCAUUGCGGACAUAAGGGCACUACACAGUUUUGAUGUCUUUCUGUGACAAGUAAACACUCUAAUUUGUUUAAUAUAUAUUAUUGUAAGGACAUGUUUAGAGAUAUGUGAAAAAUGUACUGUGCGCUCUUGGUGUUUACUAAAUGGUAAUACUCAGCUUUGACCACUUGGUGUCUCUGUUGGCCAUGAGUGCUCCUCUAUGACGCUCAAGUUAACGGACUUAUCCAGCAGCACAUUGACUGUAUAUGGUUCUGCACAGCCCCUCACGCUGUUUGGUGCCUACAGAGCAUCUCUGUUGUCUCCACGCCUUAUGCUUUUGUUGUUAUGUUGAUUUAGUGCAACCAGUUAAAUUUGGACCAAUGUCUUGUUGCAUUCACUUGAGCACUUUAAUUAGGUUGAGGCCCUGGAGUUGGUUGUUAGUCAAGCACACGAAUUUUAAACUUCAAACUUCAAAAUAGUCAUAGCACAAAUUUCAAGUACCAAUUAGCACAUAAGGAAUAAUUGUUCACAUAGUCUUACCAUAGUUUUGUGUAAAUUAAGACCGUUUUGAAUGGGAAUAUGUCCUUGAAAUGUUUCAUAUAACAGGAAACUGAAACCCAUGAAUAGGCUACUCUAACAUCCCUAUACAAAAUGGUGGCAUGGAUUAAUCAAAGCACAUGUUAUUCCUGAAGUUUUAUUUUGCUAUACAGAUUUAAGCUUUUUACUGCUCAUUGAAGGAUGGAUUAAAUGCAGAGGACAGAUUUACAGGGACAAAAGUGUACCUUACCUUACCUUAACCUUAUCAUAGGAGCUCUCAUUUAGAACAGCACAUUUCUGAAAUGUAGAUUGUAAAAGCACAUACUAGUGAAGCACAUGUAGGUGAGCACAACAGGAUAUGCAGGUCCUCUGAGUCUGAAUCAGUACUAAUUUAACUGUGGAGAUGACGUAGAUCCCAUUAACUUCAAUGCUGAUAAAGGUGUUGUCUCUUUCCGGUGUCUGAGAGGUCACUGACAGGCAAUUGAACCCCAAAAAUAUCCUGCUCCACAACCUGGCCUCAUGCUCGUAAAGGUUAGAAAGCACUUGUAGAUCUGGCACAAUGACUGAAUGAUAAAUCAUAUUCUACUUUGCCUAUACAAUAAUGAUAGGGAGAGCACAAUUUUAGGCUGUGUUCGCAUAGCAGGAAAAGGUUAUGCUAAGAUCUCAAUUUCAGUCACUGUUAUGCUGAUGGUCUAAUGUACAAACAUGAUAAAUCACCAUGCAACUUGAGCACUGCGAAAUCUAAGGCAGUAACAAUUAAUCUGACUUAUCGACUACUGCUGAUGCCAAAAUAUGUUAUCACAACAAAUAUUGGUAAAUAUUAUCUCUUUAGAAUUCUUCAAUCAGCAUAUCUUAACCUUAAUUGGAAUAAAAUGUAUUGUGAUGUGCAAUAGAAAUAAUAAUUUAACUAAUCUUAGACAAAUCGACUGCAAACAUAAUAAUUAAUUGUAGCCAUAGUGAAUACAAAUGAGGAAGUGAAUAGCUGAAAAAUUGUUAAAAAAAAAAAAAAAAAAGAAUGAAAAAUGAAGAGAAAUAUCUACACAGUAAAUUAAAAUGGCAUCCUGUUCCUUUGGCAUGUGAACUCAGUCCUCAUCCUGUGUAGUUUGACUGAUGCACCUUUCACUUAUUCUUUAUGGAAGCAGCACUUGUUAUAUUGAUCUUAUUUAUCCCAUUUUAUUUUUUCCAACUUCAGGGCCUCUGUGUGUCAUCCAUGUGUGUUGCAUGAUGUAAUUCAGAGCAACAAGUUAAAGUCUGCCUCAGUUAUAACACUGAGCUCCUAUCAACAGCAGUAGAGUCAGAGCAUAUUUAUGAUACAGAUCUAGUCUAUGUGACCAAACCAUAGUUCUAUUUAUAGUAUUUAAGACAAUGUAUUUAAACUGUAUAUAUGGGUGUACAUUCGCAAUGAGUGUCUAUAGUGAGAGUGGCAGGGUGUAAAUAAUAAUUGUAUAUUUUAAACUAUUUUUUGAUUUUUGUACUGUAGGUAAUGUUACUUUGGUGUCUGUUGCUUUGUGCUGUUGGUGCGUGGUUGUGUAACAGUUAGCUGGGCGACUGUGGAGUAACUGAAGUGUGCAUCAGACAAAGUAAAUGUAUAUGUUUUUGGUGUUUAAUGUGUGUUUUCUUCUGUCAGUGUUGUACUAGCUAAACUAACUGUGUUGUUGAGUGAAGUGGAGCCACAGCAUAAGCAAUCUUCUUGUGUUGGUGACUGGGACUAUUACAGUGGCUCCUAUCUCACUAUAGCAACAACAAUCAAAGAAUGGACCAAGAGUUUAAGCAGAACCUUUUCUGAGUCCAAGAGAAAUGUAAACUGUUCAA